GAAAAAUGAAAAAACUUCCGCAUGUCUUUCAAAUCACCGAACCACUGUUCAUGUUCUGCAGAUCACAGAUUAUGCACAAAAGACACAGGGAAUGUAUGUUUACAUGCAUGUGCCUAUGCAUUGACAGAUAGAGAAGUUACAAGAAGUAUGAACUGUUUCAUUUAAGAGAAUAGGAAUAAAAAAUUGUCCCCUACAAUUAUUUGCUGAAUAAUGCUCUAUCAUUAAUUCAAUUUACCAAGUCAACGCAGGCAUAAAAUAAAGCCACCAAUUCCUCAGCCGUUUCAGUGUUGACAUAGCUCUGUUUAAAGACCAUUCCUCUUCAACAAAGCUGGACAAGGAGAUAGGAGCAGUGGUGUGGGAUCAAGCAUGGUCACAGGGAUUGCCAAGCUUAAGCAGCAGAAACGCUAUGGCAGUUGAAAGAGAGACUGAUUUCCUGGUUUCAUCAAAGGGGACAUUCUCCGGUGGAUUUUACGCGGUUGGCACUAACGCAUAUUGUUUUGCAAUCUGGUUCACUAACUCUGUUAACAAGACAGUUGUUUGGAUGGCCAACAGAGACAAGCCUGUUAAUGGAAGGCGUUCCAGGAUAACCCUUCAUGGAAAUGGGAAUCUAGUUUUGACUGAUGAAGAUGGUUCAGUGGUAUGGUCAACCAACACAUUAACAAACGCAGGUGUCAAAGCUCAGUUGCUCGAAACAGGAAAUUUGGUACUGGUCAACGAAGCCAAGAGGAUCAUCUGGGAAAGUUUUGAAUUCCCUACAGACACACUCCUUCCAUCUCAGCCACUUACAAAGAACACAACCUUGGUUUCUAUGAGAAGUCGAGGUACAUAUUUAUCAGGAGUUUAUAAUUUGAAAUUCGAUAAUAAUAAUGUCUUGAAUCUCAUCUUCAAUGGUCCUCUGCUGUCAAGUGUCUACUGGCCAAAUCCCGCGUUGACAGUAUUUGCUAGUGGCAGAACACCUUAUAAUAGCACCAGAAGAGCAAUUCUACAUGAUUCCGGAUAUUUUGAAUCAAGUGAUAAUUUUGUAUUCAAAGCAUCUGAUUAUGGAGUCGGUCCAAAGAGGCGCUUAACAUUAGAUUAUGACGGAAUUUUGAGAUUGUACAGUUUAGAUGAUUCAACCGGGCUAUGGGAAAUCUCAUGGAUGCUUGUUGACAUUUAUAAAUGCUAUGUUCAUGGGUUGUGUGGUGAAAAUGGUAUAUGCAUUUACAACCUGCAGCCAACUUGCAUUUGCCCUGAUGGUUUCACCAGAAAUGAUCCUUCAGACUGGUCCAAGGGUUGCUCUCCUAAGUUUAAUAUGACUUGUGAUUCAACUAAAUUGGAUUUCGUGCAGCUUUAUAACACAGACUUCUAUGGAUAUGACUUGGUUACCUAUGGUAGUGGCAUUUCUUUUGAAGAAUGCAGGAAUAGAUGUCUAAGUGAUUGCAAAUGCAAGGGGUUUGGAUAUACCACAGAUGGACAAGGCAACUGUUAUCCUAAAGGCACUCUCUUGAAUGGCUAUAGUGUACCGAGUAAAGCUCUCAAUAUGCAUAUAAAGAUUCCCAAAGGAACAAUAGUAUCUUCUUCGGAGCUGAGUAAGGUGGGGACGAAUGACCUCAAUUGUUCAAAUGAAGACCUUGUUCUUGGAGGUAAUGAUGCUGGGGAAGGUAAAAGCAGUAAGAACUCAUACAUCAGAUAUAUGAUAGCCUUCGUCAGUGCUUUUGGAGUCAUUGAAAUAAUUUGCAUCAGUUUGGCAUGGCGGUAUAUCUUCAGGAAGCAGGUUCGUGAGGAAUUGGCCAAUAUGGGAUACAUUGUGUUAGCCAUGGGCUUCAAACGUUUCACUUAUGCGGAACUGAAGAGGGCAACAAAGAACUUCAAAGAAGAGAUAGGUACAGGGGGCUUCGGGACUGUUUAUAAAGGAGUUUUGGAUGAUGAAAGAGUCAUCGCAGUGAAGAGACUGGGAGGUGUUUUGCAAGGAGAUGCUGAAUUCUGGGCAGAGGUGAGCAUCAUAGGGAAGAUCAAUCACAAGAAUCUGGUGAAACUAUGGGGAUUUUGUGCUGAGAAUGAGGACAAGUUGUUGGUUUAUGAGUAUGUAGAAAAUGGUUCACUGGAUAAAAUCUUGUUCACUGAUUCAGCCAGCAAAUUAGACUGGAACCAAAGAUACAACAUUGCAGUAGGAACCGCAAAGGGUUUGUCAUAUCUGCAUGAAGAAUGCCUAGAAUGGGUACUGCACUGUGAUGUGAAGCCUCAAAACAUACUACUAGAUGAUCAUCUCGAACCUAAAGUGGCCGACUUUGGUCUGUCAAAGCUGUUCAAAGACCAACACGAUACAGGGUUCUCCAAGGUUCGAGGCACAAGAGGAUACUUGGCUCCAGAGUGGAUGAUGAACCAAAAUAUUGAUGCAAAAGCAGAUGUAUACAGCUAUGGCAUUGUCCUUUUGGAGCUCUUGACUGGAAGGACUGCAUUUGGUCACGACAACAACAAUCUUUUGAUACAAUGGGCUACUAAACAACAUAUGACACAAGAAGGGCUAAGGAAAAUGAUUGAUCCCAGAUUGAAAAACGAAUCUUAUGAGGAGAAGAUUGAUAGAAUGAUACAAGUUGUUCUGCUGUGUGUUGCAGAAGAUCGCCAUUCGAGGCCUCCAAUGAGCAAAGUUGUAGAAGUCCUGACUACAUAUGAUGAAUGAGUAUUGACCUCUAGAAUCUAGGCUCUAGAUUUUCAGCGUUUCCCGCUUUGCACAAAUAUAUGUAAUGAAAAUCUUCUUCAUCAGAAAAUAAUUUUGAAGCUCACAUUUUGUUUUUGUCA